AUGAAUUUCGGUAAAGUCGCUAUCUUUGGGGUGGUCUUGUCCUGCCUGCUAUGGACGGAGGAGGCCCAGGCUGGGCUGACCUUCCUGAGUCCAGCCGACAUGCAGAAGAUCGCAGAGAGGCAAUCGCAGAAUAAGCUGAGACACGGCAAUAUGAAUCGCAGGGGUGUGGAGGAUGACCUGGCCGAGGAGGAGAUCGGGGUGACCUUCCCUCUGGAUAUGAGUAUGAAGAUGACGCAGGAGCAGUUCCAGAAGCAGAAGGCUGCGGUGAAGGACUUCUUGUACUCCUUCCUCUCUCUGGGGUCAUCACAAGAUACAGAGGGCAAGAAGGAAAAUCCUGAGAGCCAAUGAGAAUGAAAAUCUGCAAAUCUCUGGUACCCCUCCUGGACACUACCCUAAUGUC